GGAAAGUUUCUAUUUACCGCACAACCCUAAUAAAAACCCUCCAACGCCGUCUCUCCUCUUCUUCUUCUUCCUCGCUCGCGCGUCGCGCCUCCGUCACGGUUACUUCACUCUCCCUCUCUCUGUCUCAAACUCGCUCAUCUUUAUCGAUUCCCCAGGUUUUUGAUUUGAUGGGAACUCCAGAGUCAUCUCGCGAGCCAUGCCCGGACCGUAUCCUCGACGACAUCGGCGGGGCCUUCGGCAUGGGAGCUGUGGGAGGAGGAGCCUUUCAUUUCAUUAAAGGGACGUACAACUCCCCCAAAGGAAGUCGCUUUAUGGGAGGAAGACAAGGGGUGACGAUGCACGCGCCUCGCUUGGGAGGCAGUUUCGCUGUCUGGGGAGGUUUAUUCUCGACGUUUGAUUGCUCCAUGGUGUACCUUAGGCAGAAGGAGGAUCCUUGGAACUCCAUCUUCGCGGGUGCUGCGACCGGAGGGUUUCUGGCUAUGCGUCAGGGGCCUAGCGCGGCUGUGAGGUCUGCGCUUUUCGGUGGGGUUUUGCUUGCUUUGAUCGAAGGAGCGGGGAUUGCCUUGAAUAAGAUGUUGGCUCAGCCUCAGCAUAUGCAGAUGGAGGAAGGGAUGAUGAUGCCUGGAGGAAUGCCUGGGAUGCAGCAGAUGGGGCAGCAGAUGCCUAAUCAAGGGCAGGUGAUGCAAGAGAGUACUGAUUCAUCACCAUCACCAACGUCAUGGUUAGGAGGUUUGUUUGGUAAGAAGAAUGAUGAGGCGCAGGGGCAGACGAGUAGUGGAAGUGAAACAAAGGUGUUGGAGAGUUUUGAUGCGCCUCCAGUGCCAUCAUUUGAGUACAAGUGAGCUUGAUAGAUGGAUGGAUCCUAUCUUGUUGCCUACUGGUGGCUCUUCAGAGCAGUCUGUUAUGUUUUGUGGUGGUAGUCGAUCUAUCAUCAUUUGUUUCUUCUGCAGAAUUAUAUAACUUGUUCUUGGAAGAACGAGUCUACUCUUCCUUGGCUUAAAGUUUUUAUGUUUUAAUCUUCUUUUGUGCUUAUUGUGAAAUCAUUCCACAACUAUUUAUUUGAAUAAUGUACUAGUAUUUUAGAGUGGGAAUGUUUGAGCAAUGAAAAUGGAUUCAUUUGGAUCA